GAGAAGUAGAGCGCCCUCUGGUGGUUAGUUCAGUAAACGCCACGCUUCAUUUCUUAAAGACUGAGCAGCUCUGCACUGAAACUUGGCAGCAGAAGUCUACUGGAAAAAAAGUGCUUCAGAAUGUCCCUGACAAUCAGCAGGGCCGAGGGGGUGACGGUGUACACCCUCCACUCCAACCACAAAAGUAAAUGGCCGCUCAUCUGUCAGAUCCUGGGUACCAUGUGCUACAGCCCCGUGUACUCUGUGUCUCAGAGACUGAAGCAGGAGCUUAGCUGCACGCUCACAGCACUGGCGACUAUACAGAUCAUGGUUGGAAUAAUGAAUCUGGGCUUCGGGUCUUUAAGUUCAGCCAUUUACUAUGUCCGUUAUUUUGAGUCUAUUUCCCUUUGGAUAGGAGGCGUGAUUAUUGCAAUUGGAAUAAUGUGUAUCCUAACAGAAAAGUUUCCGAGCCCAUGUCUGGUUUUCCUGGCUGUACUGAUGAACAUAGCGAGCGCUGCAUUAGCCAUAACCUCCAUCGUGAAUUAUUCCAUGGAUUUGGCAGGCAAACGUUUCUGGGACACAUGUGAUCCUCCUGGCCGUCAGGACUAUCUGUAUUCCUGGACAACUCCGUCUCCCUCUAAAAUAGCUAUGUGGGAUGAAGUCUUUAAGAAAAGACUAGAGAUGUACAGAGUUUGUGAGGAAAACAAGCAGAUUAUACAGAAACUCUUCAGAGGCCUGGACAUCAUGAUGAUUGUCCUCAGUGUUCUUCAUCUCUGCAUCGCGAUCAGCUGGUGUGUUCUGAGCAUAAAGGCGCUGUGCAAGAAGCAUGCAGAUGCUCAGGACCUGGAGGAUCCAGAACUUCGCAAAUCUCUCCUAGAGGAGGAAAAUCCAGAUUUUGGGUGUUAGAAACAACCACACCAGUAAUUCCUCUGUGUCAUUUAAAUACACUUUUCCACAUUGUUUUUAAAAUCAGUGUUCAUUUGCAUGAUGUUUGCUUGAUUUGCACUAUAGAUGUAUUUUCUUCACCUGUUUUAUCAACCAACGCUGUGCACAUGUUUACUAAAACAGCAAUAAAGGUAAAUAAAAUCUGCAUUUUGUUA